UAGAUGAGCUAUCAUAUUUGCGCCAUUGAAGCCACCGUUUAGUUUUCUUUGAGCUUACACUUACAGGAGACACUCUUUGAAUUCUCUUAUUAUCAUUGAAUAUCCUUUUAAAAUCUUUCUUUGACUAGCCGGUUUAAUUUUCAGAACGCCCAGUAAAGCAGGAAGCCAUUGAAGCCACCGUUUAGUUAUCUUUGAGCUUACACUUUCAGAAUGGGAAAGACAAUCCGGUUACAUGGAUUUUCUGGUCUAGAAAAUCCAAAAGAUGUGGUGGAAUUUCUAGAGGCAUAUACUGGGGAAGGAACUGUUUAUGCUGUUGAGGUUGGGCAGUACAAAAAUCAGCGAAGGGCAUUUGCUAAAGUUCAAUUCACUAGCGAAGAAAGUGCUGAAAUUAUCAUGGACUUGGCAGCUGAUCAAGAUGAACGCCUUUGGUAUGGUGGGGAUUCUUACUUACAAGCUCGGGAGUUGAAUCUCGACAUUGAAAAGAAGCCAAAGGUCUUUGCUUAUAGCAUGGAUGAUGUAAAAUUACACUUUGGAGGUCAGAUCUCUGAGGACAAGUUUUCUGUGCUAUGGAAAAAGAAGAAUGUAUCAGUGAAAUUUGGGAUGGGGAUUAGAAAUUUCUACUUCUUUUUCUCUUAUCUUUCUGUCGAAUACAAGCUUGAGGUCCCCUCUGAGAGCAUUUGGAAGAUUGAGCUACGUCGUCCACGUGGUCAAGCUACCAAGUUUCUUCUCAUCCAGUUAAUUGGUGCUCCAAAAAUUUAUGAGAAAGAUGUCCCUAUUGUGAACUAUUUUAAGGAAGCUCCUAACAGGUACUGGGUCCGGGAAGUCGAUUUUACUCCAUCAUCCUCCAUCGGGCAAUCUUCUGCUAUAUGUUUGGAGCUCCCAUACAGAUGCCAGCUUCCAGAUUUGCGUGAUCAUUUCAUUUAUUACAAAGAAGAAGAAGGCCAUUUCGAACUCCAGAAAGGUGACAGUUUCUCACAUGAUUCGAAUCUUGUUCCUCUCGUUGAUCCACCACCAGGCAUUGACUUGCCAUACAAGAUCCUGUUCAAGGUAAAUUCCUUGGUUCAACAUGGAUGCCUUCCUGGACAAGCACUUGAUAUCAAUUUUUUCCGGUUAGUCGAUCCGACUAGGAUAAAUAUCCAUAGUAUAGAAUGUGCAUUGAACAGGUUAUAUCAUCUAAAAGAAUGUUGCUAUGACCCUGUGAAGUGGCUCAAAGAGCAAUACCGAAAGAACCUCUCAAAUACACUAAUUCCUCAAGUACCUUAUAUUGUUCUGGAUGAAGGAUUGGUAUAUGUAUACAGGGUUCAAGUAACACCUUCAAAAGUAUAUUUCUGUGGCCCUGAGAUUAAUCUAUCAAAUCGGGUUUUGCGCAAUUAUCCUGAAGAUAUUGAUAAUUUUCUGCGUGUUUCUUUCGUCGAUGAGGACUUGGGUAGCAUUUAUUCAACAGAUUUAUCUCCACGCACAACUUCAGCGGAUGAUGAGGAAAGGCGAACUGGAAUUUAUGAAAGGAUACUAAGUGUACUAAAAGAUGGAAUAGUUAUUGGUGACAAGAAGUUUGAGUUUCUUGCUUUUUCAUCAAGUCAACUAAAAGAUAAUUCUGUUUGGAUGUUUGCUUCAAGACCAGGGCUUAAUGCAGAAGACAUCAGGGAAUGGAUGGGAGAUUUUCGUCACAUUAGAAAUGUGGCAAAGUAUGCUGCUAGGCUGGGACAAUCUUUCAGCUCUUCCAGGGAAACACUGAGUGUUUUCCAUCACGAAAGAGAAAUAAUUCCCGACAUAGAAGUCGAAAAGGGUGGAGUCAACUAUUGUUUCUCUGAUGGGAUAGGGAAAAUAUCAGCAGAAUUUGCUGAAAGAGUGGCAGGAAAAUGCAGCAUAAGUUAUACUCCAUCGGCGUUUCAGAUUCGAUAUGGUGGCUACAAAGGCGUUGUGGCUAUCGAUCCAACUUCUUUCAAGAAAUUGUCGUUAAGAGAGAGCAUGGGCAAGUACAAAUCAAAGAAUAUAAAACUUGAUGUUUUGUCAUGGAGCAGCUAUCAUCCCUGUUUCCUCAAUAGACAAAUAGUAACCCUUUUGUCUACUCUUGGAGUUAAAGAUCGCGUUUUCGAAAAGAAGCAGAAAGAGGCAAUAAACCAGCUGGAGGCUAUUCUAACUGAUCCAUUAAGAGCACGGCAAGGACUGGAGUUAAUGUUUCCAGGAGAAAACACAAACAUUCUAAAGGAAAUGCUUGUGUGUGGCUAUAAGCCAGAUUCAGAACCAUUUCUUUCGUUGAUGCUACAAACUCUUUGUGCAUCAAAGUUACUAGAACUCCGGACGAAGACGAGGAUAUAUAUUCCAAAUGGAAGAUCAGUAAUUGGAUGCCUAGACGAAACUGGGACAUUGGAAUAUGGCCAAGUGUUUGUGAAAUGUUCUUCUCGUAAACUCUUGGAUGAUUCUUCCUUUAUGUUCAGCAGUAGCAGUUCAAGAGAAGACAGUUUUGUUGUUCGUGGAAAGGUAGUUGUUGCUAAAAAUCCUUGCUUACAUCCAGGAGAUGUUCGUGUUCUUAGGGCUGUGGACGUGCCUGCAUUGCACCACAAUGUGGAUUGUGUGGUUUUCCCACAAAAGGGAAAAAGACCUCAUCCUAACGAAUGUUCGGGGAGCGAUUUGGAUGGAGAUAUCUACUUUGUUUGCUGGGACCCUGAUCUCAUUCCUCCUCAGCAAAUUGAUCCUAUGGAUUAUACACCAGCACCGAUCACAGAAUUGGACCACGAUGUUACAAUGGAGGAUGUUGAGGAGUAUUUUACCAACUUUAUGGUAAAUGAUGUCAUGGGAAUUAUUGCAAAUGCUCAUACUGUCUUCGCAGAUUCGAGCAUGAAGAAGGCUAAGAGUGAUUCAUGUCUUAAGUUAGCAGAGUUAUUCUCAAUUGCCGUUGACUUCCCAAAAACUGGUGUCCCUGCGAAAAUACCACGCCGUCUGCGUGUCAAAGAGUACCCGGAUUUCAUGGAAAAAGCCGACAAACCUACCUACGAAUCGAAACAAGUGAUCGGGAAGUUGUUUCGACAGGUAAAAGAUGUUGAACUACACACAAACUCCAUAAAAUCCUUCACUGAGGAAGUAGCGGCGAAGUAUUACGACCCAGAAAUGGAGGUGGAUGGAUUUCAAGAGUAUGUAGAUGAUGCCUUCAAGUAUAAAACAGAGUAUGACUACAAGAUGGGAAACCUGAUGGAUUACUAUGGAUUCAAAACCGAAGCAGAAUUACUGACUGGAAACGUUAUCGGAAUUUCGAAAUAUUUCGAUAAGAAAAGAGACUUGGAAUCUGUUAAUUAUGCUGUGAAAUCAUUGAGAAAAGAAGCAAGGACUUGGUUCAAUGAGGAGGGAAAUGAGGAGUCGGUGAAUUAUGCAAAAGCAUCAGCUUGGUAUUAUGUUACAUAUCAUCCUAGUUGCUGGGGCUGUUGCAAUAAGGGAAUGAAAACAGAUCAUUUCUUGAGCUUCCCAUGGUGUGUUUAUGACAAGCUCAUCAUGAUCAAGAAGAACAAAAUGAGCAAGACUCGAUUGCAUAUGUCAUCACUUGAAAGCCAUAGGCUAGGUUUGCUAUCCCUUUGAUUCGAGAAAUUUUACAUUUUUAAAGUGGUCGAAUUACGUUGUGUCAUAAGGGUGGUUUUCCUAAGCAACUUAAAUAUGGUAUUUGUAUGUUUUCGUAAGCAACUUAUGUAUGGUAUUUGUAUGGUUUUCCUAAGCAACUUAUGUAUGGUAUUUGUAUGCUUUUCCUAAGCAACUUAUAUAUGGUAUUUGUAUGCUUUUUCUAAGCAAUGGUAUUUGGAUUAAAAUCCUGUUAUGCAUAUUUUAUUUUA